CUAUGCAACACAUUCACCUGACCUGACUUCUCACCUGCUCAUGGGCAGAUCAAUGGCGAUAGCAAAGGUGCGGCAAACGCGACUGGAACUUCACUCAUUCUGCACGCCUGACCACAAAUAACCACGAUCUGGAUCUACGCCGUAAAGCAGCUUUACAAGAAUCAAAACGAUCUCCCGAGGUUACGGAUCUGGAGAUACUGCACGCAGAUACUGGGUGACUGGCCUGCAUUAAUUGGCCUGCCGGAUUGAUAUUCCGGUCACUCGAAUACAGGCACAUGUAUCUGUGCCACGGCGUGGCAAGACUCUAAGGCCAGUCUAAGUCUAAUUAUUCAAAACGAAGUGAGCAGUCAACUGUACGCCGUCCGGUAUGAACACAAUGACUGCUGUUCACGCCGGAAUGAAACGGUCCUACAGGGACAUGCGAGGCGCCGACUCGAUGAUGUCUCCACGAUCGAACACGAAAGAGGUUCUGCAGCAAAGACCAAUAUCACGAGAAACGAGCGCCACGCCUACUCCGCCAAAUGGAGCUGCCAAUAGGCUGGAGCCCCGACCACGCAAAGUCAUGUUCAAUUUUGAUGCUACCAUCCUGAUUAUUGGUGUUCGUGGUGUCGGGAAAAGUUCUCUAGGAUUUCUGGCAGCGUCUGCUUACAGUCGCCGACUCGUCGAAUCAGAUAGAGCGUUCUCAGAAGCAACUGGAUCGAGCAGAACUGCGUAUCGAAAACUACACGGCCCAGCAGAAUAUCAGCACACGCACUAUGAAGUGCUCAAACGUCUCCUGGAAACCAACAGCAAGAAUUCGGUCAUUGUUUGUAGCUUUGCAGAUCUCGAAGGCGAAGGAGCCAAGCUUAUUCGAGACUGGGCGCAAUCACACCCUGUGAUCUAUGUGAGACGAGAUGUCGCCGGCAUCCAUGAUUACAUACGAAUUUGGUCCGAGGAACGCAUACAAGAUGUUAUCCGGGCAUCCGAAGGUCUUUUGCAGGACUGCUCCAAUUACGACUUCUACAAUGUUUCCGAGACCAUUGACAGCUUGUCUCCAAAUGAAGGCCCUCGUCAUCCCUCAAGUCGAGCCUCAAAUGGGCCCUUCUUGACGCUCAAGAGGACGGAGCACGACUUUCUAAAACUGCUGCGAAAUAUAAUCGGAGACCAUGAUCGUGGCCGCUCUCAUCAAUCUGCUUACCCACUCUCGCAAAUGAGUGUCGACAAACUCGAAUUCACAUCGGCAGUCACACUCUCGGCCGAAGAUGUGGUAUCGCGUCGCAUUGAUCUGGACGAGGCUCAAAUUGGCGUUGAUGCAAUACAGCUCGAAGUCAACAUAAAUCCAGCGCAAGGGGACACUUGGCGCUUGGGUAAACAUAGCUGUUUCAAUCUUAUCGGAGAAGCAUUUGCCCUUUUGAGAAGGUCAACAAUUUUGCCAAUAGUCAUCGACAUCGCCCACGAUGCACGAGAUGCCAGGCAAAAACAACUAUCGCGCGCAGAGCUACUCGAAUACUGUUUCCGGCUUGGGCCAGAGUAUUGCACACUCGACUUGACGCUGGACGAGGCACAGCUGACGCAUUUACUCGGAGGCAAAGGACGAACGAGGGUCAUCGGACAAUACAUCGCCGACCAACGCAUCAGCGAUGGCUGGUCGGGCCAGGCCUGCAUGGACGUCUACGAAAAGGCCUCCGGUCUUGGCUGUGAGCUAGUGAAGAUUACAAUGCCAGACGGUAAUCUCACAGACAACUUCGCGAUCCAGGCUUUCCAGCAGCGCGUGCAGACACUGAACGAUGGCAAAGGUCCGCGACUUAUAGCCUAUUGCACCGGAAGACAAGGAAGAACAUCAAUGUGCUUCAACAACAUACUGACUCCAGUGGCUCCGCCUGUCGCAGUUCCGGAGCCAAUGACUCCCGCCAGUGGUCAGAGCUUAGAACAACUGCCGCUCGUGACUGCGAAAGAACGGAGUCAGGCAUUAUUUGCAAGCUUCGUCCAUGAGCCCAUGCAUUUUCUCAUCUAUGGGGCCAAUGUCAGCUUCUCUUUGUCGCCCGCGAUGCACAAUGCUGCGUAUGAAGCUAUGGGGAUGCCCCACUCAUAUCGAACGCACUCAGCAUCGACAUUGGAGGACUUCGUGACGUUGGUUCGGGAGCACGACUUUGGUGGGGCAGCCAUUGUGCAGCCUUUCAAAACAAGGACCUUACCAAUGAUGGACCUACUGAGCCCUCAUGCCAAAGCAAUCGGAGCUCUAAAUACAGUUAUUCCGCUGCGAGACGAGGGUGUCAUCGCAUCUAUCUCUAGUGAUGUUGGCAUUUUCCGAGAACGCAAUCGAACAGGACCGGUGAAAGCACUCUACGGCGAUAACACGGACUGGAUCGGCAUUCGGGCUUGUAUUCGUCGCGGACUAUCGCCUGCAAACACUGUACGACCACAGUCUACAGGACUCGUAUGUGGAGCUGGAGGCAUGGCGCGAGCAGCCAUUUAUGCCAUGAUUUCACUGGGGGUACAGAAUAUCUUCGUCUGCAACAGGACGAAGGGAAAUGCAGAGGAGCUUGCAGAGCACUACAACCGGCUGAUUCGAGCAAAUGGGAUUGCUGAGCUCAGUCCGAGUAAUGCUGCCAACACCACAGUGACAGCAUUGGACUCGUUUCAAGCAGAGUGGCCUAAAAAUAUGCGCCAUCCGACAAUGGUAGUCAGCACGAUUCCAACACAGACACUCGAUGGCAUGCCUACGAAUUUCACACUGCCUAAAGAGUGGCUGGGCAGCCGUACUGGUGGAGUCGUAGUCGAGCUGGCAUAUAUGCCCAUCGUAACACCACUGGUCGUCCAAGUACAACAGAUACAGAGCAAGGGCUGGAUUCUUAUGGACGGGCUCGACAUGUUGCCAGAGCAGGCCUUUGCGCAAUUCGAAUUAUUUACAGGUCGACGAGCUCCACGAAAGCUGAUGAGAGAUGAAGUGUUCAAGCACUAUAGCGAAGAUUUCUUGCUGGGGGCGGCUCUGAAUACAGACUCGCCAUGAUUAUAUGUUAUAACACUAAGAUUAUGAUGCUAAGG